GGCUUCAUAAAGAUCUACAAGCAGUUCUUCCCCCAGGGUGACCCGUCGAAGUUCGCCUCCCUCGUCUUCAGAGUCUUCGACGAGAACGCCGACGGCACGAUAGAGUUCGAGGAGUUCAUAAGAGCGCUCUCGGUGACGUCGCGCGGCAACCUGGACGAAAAGCUUCACUGGGCCUUCCGUUUGUACGACGUGGACAACGACGGUUUCAUCACGAGAGACGAGAUGUACAAUAUAGUCGACGCGAUAUAUCAGAUGGUUGGGCAGCAGCCGCAGGCCGAGGACGAGAACACCCCGCAGAAGAGGGUCGACAAAAUCUUCGACCAGAUGGACAAGAACCACGACGACAAGCUCACGCUCGAGGAAUUCCGGGAGGGUAGCAAGGCCGACCCGAGGAUCGUCCAGGCGCUCUCGCUGGGCGGCGAGUAA